CCCGCCCUGUCCGGCCGCGGCUUCGCUUCCCCGGUUUCCUCCGUGUCCGCCGCGCCCCCCACGCCCAGGACCCCGGUGCCUCUUUCUCGUCUGCUCACCGGGUCCAGCCAUGGGCCCCGCCGCUCGCCCCGCGCUGAGGGCGCGGCUGCCGCUGCUGCUGCCGCCGCCCCCGCCGCCGCUGCCGCCGCCGCCACUGCUGGCCCUGCUGGCCCUGCUGCCGCUCUGGCUGGGCCUGGCGGGGCCCGGGGCCGCGGCGGACGGCGGCGAGCCUGUGGCCGGGGCGGGGCGGGGCGGGGCCCGCGCCGUGCGGGUGGACGUGAGGCUGCCGCGGCAGGACGCUCUGGUCCUGGAGGGAGUCAGGAUCGGCCCCGAGGCCGACUCGGCGCCCCCGCUUGGCGGCCGCCUGCUGCUGAUGGACAUGGUGGAUGCUGAGCAGGAGGUGCCGGGAGAAGGCUGGAUCGCGGUGGCGUAUGUGGGCAAGGAGCAGGCGGCCCAGUCCCACCCGGAGAGUCAAGGCAGCGGUCCGCAGGCCUAUCCCAGGGCCCUGGUCCAGCAGAUGCGGAGGGCACUCUUCCUGGGAGCCUCUGCCCUGCUUCUCCUCAUCCUGAACCACAACGUGGUGCGAGAGCUAGACAUAUCGCAACUUCUGCUCAGGCCGGUGAUUGUCCUCCAUUAUUCUUCCAACGUCACCAAGCUGUUGGAGGCAUUGCUGCAGAGGACCCAGGCCAUGGCUGAGAUCACCAGUGGAGAGUCCCUGUCAGCCAACAUCGAGUGGAAGCUGACCCUGUGGACCACCUGUGGCCUCUCCAAGGAUGGCUACGGAGGAUGGCAGGACUUGGUGUGCCUGGGAGGCAGUCGGGCCCAGGAGCAGAAACCCCUGCAGCAGCUGUGGAAUGCCAUUCUACUGGUGGCCAUGCUCCUGUGCACAGGCCUUGUGGUGCAGGCCCAGCGGCAGGCAUCGAGGCAGAGCCAACAGGAGCCCGGAGGCCAGGUGGACCUGCUCAAGCGCCGUGUGGUGCAGAGACUGGCGUCUCUCAAGACCCGGCGCUGCCGUCUGGGCAGGGCAGCGCAGGGCCCCCCGGAACCUGGGGCUGAGACCUGCGCCGUGUGUUUGGACUACUUCUGCAACAAGCAGUGGCUCCGGGUGCUGCCUUGUAAGCAUGAGUUUCACCGGGACUGCGUGGACCCCUGGCUGAUGCUCCAGCAGACGUGCCCACUGUGCAAAUUCAACGUCCUGGGGAACCACUACUCAGAUGACUAGCUGCCCCAGCUGGGUCUCUGCACAGUGGGAAGGGACCCCUCUCCUGGAACUGGAGAGCAGGAUGGACAGGACAGAAGGCCCUGUGGGCGGGAGAAAGACAGGGUCCUCCCCUGCUGAGGGGCAAAGUGCCCCACCACAUCCACACUGGGAAGGAGGGGCCGCUGAGCCCCCGGGCCAAGGAUGCAGUGCCUGGACCUGCCGGUCAAAGAAGGGAAGCCACUUUGGGGCCCUUCUCUGCCAUCCCUGGGUGUCUGUCUCUGCUCUCCUCAUAGGCAGCUCCCAGGACCCUGGGCAGGGCCCCGGGGAAGGAGGGCAAGGGGCAGUGUGGCUGUGCCCUCUUCUGUCAGGGCAUUCCUGGAGGCUGAGGCUGCAGUGGCCAGGUUUUGUGCUUAUUUAUUGGGGGGGAGGGGGGCUGGGGGAGAAGCUGUCUGGCCUUGGAGGUCCCCUGGCCUGAGCAUCUCGCAGGACGCAUCUCAGUCGACAUUGCGAUGUUCCACCCAGAGGCCCCUCCACUGCUUGCUUCCCUAGGUCCUCGGACACUAAGAGCUGUGGGUCCCACUGCCUGUCCAGCUGGGCUCCAUUCCCGGGCCUGGCUGGGCCCAGAGGCCUUAGAAGCCAUCCGGGCCUGUGCUCAGCAGGGCUACAGGUCGCUGACCAGGAUACUUGAAGCCGCAGGAUAAAUGUGGUGCCUCUCCCAGGUGCAUCCAUUUUUUAAAGAAGGUUUGGGGUAGAGGGGGUUUAAUAUUAAAAUAAACAUGAAUAUAUUUUAACUUAAG